AGAUCGUGAAUUCAGUUCAGUGUCGGAUCACAAUAAAGCUGCGUGCUUAACGUUGGAGUUUCUUCGGUUACAAAGUUUUAGUUUUUUGUUCGGAGGGUGUUUUUGAUUAGAAUAAAUAUUUGGACUUUUUGUUUGUUUGUUUAAUAUUGUCCCUUUACGUACGAAACAAAACACAAAGUGAUUGCAUUCCCGAGCGUGGGGGUCCCAGAUUCCUUGUCGCGAUCCUCAGAGUCACACACACACACACACUCACACUCCUCACAAAACGAUUUUUGGACCUGAAUUGAGAUUUAUAUACUAAAUUACAGAUCUUUAUCGUCCAACUUGGGACUGACUGAGUGAGGAAGCUUCAUUUUCUUCCUCUGAUAUUUUUCUCUAAGAUGUAUUGUCUUCAGAAUCUUCCCAGAUCCUCAGUCUCACCUUUGUUAACGGGCUUUGGGGGCAAUCAAAGAGAUCUUUCUUCGUCGUCUUUGAAGAUGCUGCUACCGAUCAAAGCCAAUGAUCCUAAAUCUCGACUUGUUAUACAGGUGGUAUCAGACUCAAAAUCCAGCUCAGAGAUGAGUGGUGUUUCCAAGGAGGAAGAGAAAUCUGAUGAAUAUAGCCAAGACAUGACUCAAGCUAUGGGUGCUGUUUUGACCUACAGACACGAACUAGGAAUGAACUACAACUUUAUUCGUCCUGAUUUAAUUGUUGGAUCGUGCUUACAGACCCCUGAAGAUGUUGACAAGCUCCGGAAGAUUGGGGUUAAAACCAUAUUUUGCUUGCAGCAAGAUCCGGACUUGGAAUAUUUUGGAGUAGAUAUACGCAGCAUUCAAGCAUAUGCUAAGACUUGUAGUGAUAUUCAGCAUAUUCGCUGUGAAAUAAGAGACUUUGAUGCAUUUGAUUUGAGAAUGCGCCUUCCCGCCGUGGUUAGUACACUGUACAAAGCUGUUAAGCGAAAUGGUGGAGUUACAUACAUUCACUGCACUGCUGGAAUGGGAAGGGCUCCUGCUGUUGCGUUGACAUACAUGUUCUGGGUGCAAGGCUAUAAACUUAUGGAAGCUCAUAAAUUACUUAUGAGCAAACGAUCUUGCUUUCCGAAGCUGGAUGCUAUCAGAAAUGCAACAAUUGAUAUUCUUACAGGGCUUAAGAAGAAGACUAUUUCUUUGAAACUGAAAGACAAGGGGUUCUCUAUAGUAGAAAUUUCUGGCCUUGACAUUGGAUGGGGACAGAGGAUACCUCUAACACUGGACAAGGAAACAAGAUUUUGGAGCCUAAAGAGAGAAUUGCCUGAAGGACAGUUUGAAUAUAAAUACAUCAUAGAUGGUGAAUGGACACACAAUGAGCUCGAGCCGUUUACAGGACCUAACAAAGAUGGCCAUACCAAUAAUUACGCAAAAGUAGUGGAUGAUCCAACGAGCGUGGAUGGUGCAACUCGGGAGAGGUUAACGAGCGAGGACCCUGAGCUUUUGGAGGAGGAACGCUUGAAACUAAUCCAGUUCUUGGAGACUUGUUCUGAGGCAGAGGUUUGAGAGUUGAGAGCAUCCUUUUGACUCUCUCAAUGUAGCACUUACUAGUAACAAUAAAAUGCUUUAUGUUGGUAUUACAUAAAGUUACGUGUAUAGCAACAAAAAAACAUGAAAUUACUUUUACUACGUUCAAGUAUAAUAUACUACACACUAAAUCUUUCUU